CUACACGUUAGGUGCCACCAUUACCAAUAGCAGGCAAGGGGGCGGCGGUCGGUGUUUUUUCCCGUUAUGCCUUGCUAGUAGCCGGGGAAAGGUGCGCCACAGGGAACACACACAGCAACCCGCCACCGCCUGCACUCCCACCCUGUUGUUUGUCGCGGCGUUGUGCAGCAAGGACCAUCAAGAUUCCGGUCCCCAGCGAAUUUCGGCAGGCCCGUAGGGGGAGAGCCGAGGACACCAUGAACACUAGGAGGAAAGCACGAUCAUCCUCCGCCAGAGGAGGUCGCGGGGGGAAAGGUGCGGAGAGGCAGGUAUCCGCUGAUGGGGUGUACACCAAUCAUCGCUUCAUGCAAGCUGUGGGGGCUCUGGUCGGCCUCCCUGUCAGGAUACAGACUAAGACUAAUGAAAUCAUCGAGGGUGUCUUCACCACCUUCAGCCCCAACUUUGACCUGGUGCUGGACUUGGCCCACCAAGUGUCUCGGACUGACCCAGGUACCAUUAACCCUGAGACCAUCAAGCCCAAGAUGAUCUUCACUGCAGCUGAUAUUGUGACCAUCAAGGUGGUCAACGUGGACUUGGAAUAUGCCACUAGAGAUGGGUUUGCUGUGGACCAGGUGAUCAGUCGCUACAAUGGCCAGGCUGGAGAGAAGGCCCUGGAGCCCUGGCAAGGGGAGCCCACUGCAGAUGACUGCCUUGGCCUUGGGGAUGAAAAUUCGAAUGGCUGGGACGUGGAUGACAUGUUCCGCAAAAAUGAGGAGAAGUACGGAGUGACUACCUCCUACACCCCAGAGAUGGAGGGGUACACCACCCCACUCUUCAAACUCAACACUCCAGAGUACAGAGAGCGUGAAGCCAAGGCUUCCAGAAUUGCUGCAGAAAUAGAGAAAUCCCCGACCACUCAAGUCCGUUUAGAUGCAGAGAAUGGUGAUGAGGAAGACAAGUUCUCAGCAGUGAUAAGGCCCGGGGAGCAGGGCGGCAAGUACAUUCCUCCCAUGAUGAGGAAAAAGAACCAGAAUGGGGGCAAGGCACAGCGAGCCACCCCACCCCCGACUGGUGCCAGAUACAACAGCCAUGGCAGCUCCAACCCUCCCACCCCCACAUCCCCCUAUCCAGGACCCCCUCCAUCAGGGUCAGCUGGUCACAGUCCUGUUGGCGUAGGUGGAACCCCUCCCACAUACCAGACCCAACAGCCACCCCAGCCACUCCCCAACCAUGCUCCAGCCCCUGCCCAGCACCCGCCCAUCCACCGCAACAACUCCCACGGCCCUCACCACAGCCAUGGCCCAGACACCAAAGUGAAUGGGGAUGCCAAGACUGGCUAUGACCGGAAGAGUCAUGAUGGGCCGCCGGUGGAUAGCGGCCGGGAGGUGAGGCACAACAAUGCCCAUGGUGGCAAGCAGGACCUGCACCCCCGCCACCAUGGCCCCCCACACCCAGAGGCUGCACACUUAGCACAGCAGCAACAGCAACUACAGCAGCAGCAGCAGCAGCAGCAGCAGCAGCAGCAGCAGCAGCAUCAAAAGCCCAUCCCACAGAAGCCUCCACCACAGCAGCACCACCAGCACAGCAGUCACAUGCCACCAGUGGGUCAGGGCGAUCACCGCAAGGCUGAGCCUCGAGAACAGCGUGAGCCACGCAAAAUGCGCAACAAGGAGGAGCAGAUUGCCGACCUCAAGAAGUUCAGCGAGGACUUCAAGCUGUCAGACCAGGCAGAGAAGAAGCCUCAGCCACAGCAGCCUCAGCAGCAGCAGCAGCAGCCACAGCAGCUACAGCAGCAACAGCAACAGCAACAACCACCUCAACAACAACAGCAGCAGCAACAACAGCAACAUCAGCACCAGCAGCACCAACACCAGCACCAGCACCAGCAUCAACAGCCACCACCACCAACACCACAACAGCAGCAGCCACCACCUACUUCCCAGCAGCCACCACAGCCUCAACCACAGCCACACACACAGCCACAGUCACAACCACCCCCACCACAGCAGCAGCAGCAGCCUCCCCCACCACAGCAGCAGCCACAGCCACCACAGCUGCAACAACCACCUCCUCCAACCCCACAGCAACACCACCAGCACCACCAGCAACAACCACCACCACCACAGCAACAGCCACCACCACCACAGCAGCAGCAGCCUCCACCCCCAAUACCACAGCCCCAUCUGCCACCACAGCAUCUGCCACCCCAGCAACAACCACAGCGGCAAACACCCCCUGUGACUGCUGUGACCAUGGGCCCACCACAGGGAGCCCCGCAGCCCCCACCACACCACUCACAGAACCCCCCAACCAUGACCAUGAGUCCUGCUGCGGAGAUCAACAAGCCCCACGAGGAAAUGGAGAAGAUAGCCUCCACUGUCACACACUCCAAACUCAACCCCAAUGCCAAGGAGUUUGUGUUCAACCCCCACGCCAAACCCUUCAGUCCACGUUCCCCUAGCACUACCACUCCUCCACGGCCCCACACGCCCACCCAGAUUCCUCCCAAUCAGCCACCACAGAUACCUGCAGGCCCGCCAGUGGGUAUCCCUCACAUGGUGCUCACCUCACAGCCCUUCGCCAUACCGUCACAGCCUCCACGUUUCCCCAAGAGAGUGCCUGUGGGUAACAAUCAACGGCAGGAGUACACCUCACCCCUACAAGUGGCAGCUGCUACUGGCCAGCCCAUCCUGGCCCCAGGCCACAUGGGUACCCAGACCCAGCCCAUCACUGCUGUACAGAUUUCUCCAAACAUGAUGCCUCAGACUCCACAGCCCUAUCAGUACCCUCCUGUACCCAUCAUGAUGCGGUUCCCCCACGCUGGAAUGCCCAUGGUGACUGCAAUGGUGCCCACUUCCGUGGGUUUGUGUCACCCAAACCCUGACUCACAGCAGCCAUCACAGCAACACGGCCACCAGCCAAUGUAUAUGGCUCAAACCAGCCUACCACCUCACCAGCCCCACCCAACGCACACCCCCGGCCCUCUUCCCCAGCCCACACAGCCACCCACCCCCCAGAACCCAGGCAGCGGCAGUGGACCCCCAAACAUGCCCAACCCACCGUCAACCCCAGGACCCAGUCAGCCCCAACCAAUCAUUUAUCCAAUGGGAGGACAACCAUCUCUGCCUCAACACCUGUCACAACACUCUCCCCACACUGCCCAGAGUCCCCACACCCAGCAGUACCCUGGCCCUGGCCAGGGUGCCGCGGGUGCUGGGGGCCACCAUGGAGGGCCUGGCCAGCAGAUGGCCCAGUAUGUGGUGCUGCCCUCCCACAUGAUGCACCACUCGGGGCCACCCCCCCACUCUGCAGCACACAUUCCCUCCUCCAUGCCGGGUUUUACUCCCACGUCGACAGCCACUGUACAGCAACUACCCUCGGCUCCCCAUAUUCAAUAUUUCCCAAGUACACCUGGCAGCCAUGGUCACCCAAUGUCCCUCGUCCAUCACAGCCAAUGAAGUCUGGGCUCAGUAGGAUCAAAGCCACACUUGUCCCCAGCUUUCAGCCGUGCCCGCCUGAGUGUCUGGUCUCCGCGUGAGGAGCACCCUGGCCUGCACAGGGGAGGGGGGAGGGUGGUGUUGUUGCCGCGAUGACAGGUGUACAUAGGUGGCUUGAGUUGAGUGUGUUGGGUGUGUGUGAUGCUGUUGUGUCAGUGGUGUGUGGAGUUACUGAAACUGGAGCAAAUUGCAAAAUUUUUUAUAUUGUUAAUGGCAAUGAAUGAGAUGUUCGUGUAGGGGUCAUAAUACGGGUAUGCUCUCUUUGGUUUCUUUCUGUAACAAAUGCAUUUUAGCAUAGAAGUGUGUGACUCUUGGCACAGUGAUGUCUGCUCCAGGUGAAAGCUCCUCCAACAAACACACGACUGACCUAUUGUUUACCACACAAGUGGUUAUUUAUUGUUGAAGUGGAGAGAGAGAGAGAGAGAGAGAGAGAGAGAGAGAGAGAGAGAGAGAGAGAGAGAGAGAGAGAGAGAGAGAGAGAGAGCUUUAUUAUGAGGUCUCAUCUUCAUGGGAAGGAGGCCGUAAAGUCUUGGGUGUAGAAUCAAGUUUUUAUGGAGAGGAUUGUGCCGAGGGAGCCGCAACACACGGGCGAGCCGGCUGCGACUGGGACACGAGAGAAGUGAACCCUGGUGGUUACUUCGUUGAGCAGUUUAGGCAAUUCUGUAUGUAUGUGAUGGUUAAGAGCAAAGUGGCAAUAUUCUAUGAGAGGAGUCAGUGGGGAGCCUGUCAGACAGCUAGCUUAACAAAAAUUAUUGUGGAAAUACAAUUUGCCUUAUCAUGUUUUAUAAAUAAGUUUGCCUCAUUCAGACUGAAUCAGUGUUGUGAGUGUGGCAAGGUGAGUUGAGCUUCAUUUGUCUCAGAGCUCUCGUCACAUGGAUUUUGUAUAAACUUACUCAUUACAGCUGGGCAUCAGUAAUUCCUCUCAAUCAUCUUUAUUGAAAUGUGUAGGCAGAUAUUUGCCCAAAACUAUAUGCAGACAAAUUUGACACUCACACUUGUAAACCAGUGUGUAUAUCAGAACAUGUAUACAGCCAUACUCUUCAGGCACACUAAGCAGUCUCACAAAUCCAUGGCUGUAGUGUGACUGACACCAUCUUCAUCCCCACUUUCAUACGAGUUGUCUGUGUCGCCUCAACAUGAACACUGGUCGCAGGACAAAGAUGCAGUGUGACAGCUUUCAUGUUGGCUGCACUGUUCAUAUUUGGUGGUAGCCUAAAUUUUUAUUUGUGGCUGCUGAUGCUGUGGCAUGCAGUUCUCUGCAAUAAUCAGGAACAAUGUUUACACUCAAGGAUGUGCUGAGCAGUCAGCAUUGCUCAUGUGCAUUGUGUGUAUGAAUACCAACCAUGGAUUGAAAAAUGUGGACAAGCCUUGUGGAUCAGAAAAAUCCACAAAAAAAGUUUGCUAUCAGCUCAGAAAAAAAAUGGAUAAAGAGGUGGUGUUCUGUGCUUUGAAAAGGUAAUGAGACCUUACUAGUCGCUCAAUUACAAGCUGUGUGUAUAUUUCUUUUGUAUUGAGUGCAGAAAUUGUUACAAUUUGUUGAUGCAUCACCAGUAACUUUUUUGUAUGAAGUUUAUUCGAAUCAUGAGCCUGUCCAUUGUUGGGGCCAGUGUUCCUGGCCGCCAACUGAACAGGUCCACAGAAAAAAAGGUGCUGUUCACUGUGUCUUGAAAAUGCAUCUCUUGUGCAACAGGACUGGAAACUCCAUAUGAAUACAGUGGCACGAUCCAACCCUUUUUUGUAAAGACUCGAAAUAGCAUGGAGAAGAAAAAGAGCCUCUUAUCAUAACUAGGAUAGCAAGUCAAGGAUUUAGCCUGUUGGUAUGUCAAACCCUUCCUUACUUUUAACUUGUGAGAGAACCUUUGCCACAUUGGUUGCCCAGUGUUGAUUUCCUCUUUUGUUACCUUUGCCCAGUAAGUGCACAGCUGGUAGAUCAGAGUAGGAACGUUUGGUUAAGAGACGUAAGGCAUGAAAGGUCGUUUGAGGAAGAGAGUGAGCCUGUUGUUAUUUAUUACUCCCUUACUGAGCCUUUUGUGGCAGGUAGAGAGUGGAGAGCCUCAGGGUGACUGGAGUGUGGGUGUGUGUGCCUGGGAGCCUUGGGGACAUUCCUCACCUCCCAGUGUGAAUGCAUGUAUUCUUCCCAUCUUCUCUCUUCCUCAGUGUCAUUCUAGCUGGCUAUGCUGCUUAUUUUUUACCAUCUUGUCUUUGUUAUUUUUAUAUUGUUAAUCAUUGCAGGGUGUCAGAAUUGUCCUGUGUGUAUGGCUUGUAUUGUCCAUUGCCAUGUAUUGUUUACUGGCCUGUGUUUGGUCAUCUUUUGGGGGUUCUGUGGACAGGCCAUGUGUUCAGUAUUGGCAAAACUGACACCCACACAUUGCUGAAGGAGUCCACAGUCUUGGCUCUGCAGCUAGCCUUCAGGUAUCUAACGUUGCUGACCUCCAUAUUGUGAAGAUUUUUCAUUAUUAUUAUUAUUAUUAUUAUUGUUAUUAUUAUUAUUAUUAUUGAUUUAUUUUUAAUUUAUUUUUAUUUUUUCUUUCACAAAUUGUAAAUCAAAGUUUGUUGUCAUUGUAAGACUUGACCUAACAUUCCUGGGGAGGGAGAAGUAAUUGUUUUUUACCAAUGCAACUCUGCAAUCGGACACAAAAGUCAAGCAUAUUUAAGAGCACAUUGCCCAGAUAAUAGAAGGUAAAAAACAGUGGAUUAAAAUUCUCAUCCCGUCACACACUAGAACCUCCUGUUGUGAGUCUGAUGCAUGUGAUGUCUCGCCUGAGUGUUGGGUUUUGUUUUGUGAAGCGAGUUUCAAUUGAUUUUCUCAUUUACGGUUUAAAAAUGUUAAUAGACAAAACACCUCAUCUUGGUUCAUGACUUUUUCUUUCCAGUGCUGUAAGGUUUCCACAAUUGUUUGGUGCUGCUCUGAGGGUCUCCUUCCUCCUUGUCAUUCUCAGCGCCUUGUCCUCACAGUGCUGCAAAAAUCCUCUACCUUUGUAAAAGUCUUGCAUUGUCUUACUUAAAUUUGGAUGUGAGUGAAUGGAAUGUCUGCGUGAGGAAACUGAUGAGUCAUUUACAAAAGUGUGUUUUUCGUACGUAUGUUUAUAGCACAUAACUGUUGCCGUGAAUAUUUGUGUUGUAGUCAUUAUACAGAUACAUAUAAUUUAUUUAUGUGAGCUGUACAUUCUGUAGUGUGUGUGUGUGUAGAGAGCAAGUGAGCACAAACUUCUUUCUGCCUGUGUGUGUGUGUGUGUGUGUGUGUGUGUGUGUGUGUGUGUGUGUGUGUGUGUGUGUGUGUGUGUGUGUGUGUGUGUGUUAAAAUUUGCAUUUCAUUCUUUUCAUUCUUGUUCCCUUCAUGUUUCCUGCGCUCCCUGCCUUCAUCUUGCAGUUCUUGGGGGCGUCUUGUUUUACUUCACUUUCAUGUCUUCUCACUCUUGAUAUUUUUAUUUAUUUAUCUAUUAUUUAUCAGAUAUUUUUUCCAGUGUGCUUGAUAGUUUCUCAAGAACACUUACUAUUAUUUCUACACAAAAGGUUAAAUUCUGUUAUUAUUCGUAUCAUUGCUAAGAUUUUUUUCAUGUUUUAUGUAGGCAUUUUCUCUCUCUCUCUCUCUCUCUCUCUCUCUCUCUCUCUCUCUCUCUCUCUCUCUCUCUCUCUCUCUCUCUCUCUCUCUCUCUCUCUCUCUCUCUCUCUCUCUCUCUCUCUCUCUUCUCUCUCUCUCUCUCUCUCUCUACCAGUUGUGUUUACUGAAGAGCUGCCGUCACUACCGCGUCUGUGUCCUAACAUCCAUUCUGUUCCUUUACCGCGGUUACAUCCACCCUGCUCCCUCUCCCUCUUCCCAUCUAUCCAUCCAUCCCUCCCUCGUUUAAGCAUCACUCACAAGUUUAGUUUCCAUUUAUUAUUAUUAUUAUUUAUUUUGUUUUAUUUUUAUUUAUUUUUUUAUUAUUUUUUUCCCCCCCCAAACCACAACCACUACCGUUCCUCAUUCCCUCUCGUUCGUCGUCGCCUCAAUCCUCCUCCUCCUCUUCCUCCUCCCUCACACCAACCAUCCCAAUCCAAACACCUGCCCAUACCACCCACCCACCCACCCAACCCCUUCUGUAAAGAGUCAGGAGGCCAAGAGAAUGGAGCUGCGAAAAAUAAAUACAUAUAUUAUAAAGUAAAACAAAUUGUGACUUGUCGAAAUGGGCUGUGUGCUUGCAUGUGUGCUGAGAUAGAACCAUAACUUGGCAGCCGUCAAACUUCCCAAGGCCAACCCAUGUAAUCGGAACCCGUAGAGUGUAGGGGUAGCUAAGCAUAUCGUGACGAAAUUGAAAACUCGAUAAAAGGUGUAAAGCCAGCGGUUAUUAAGCACCAGCCCAUUCAUCCAAGGGGUUAGUUUGUAUCAGUCACGACAGCAGGAGUUCCCAAAGUUGGCACGGCAAGUUGUUGUUGAGGUUAUCGUGGAGUAAAUAACUUGAAUGGGAAGAAGUAACGUAUUACAACAACAACAACAAAAAAAAAAAGUGAAGAUGAAAGAUUUCCAAAUGUAGCAGCUGGAAUUCAAAGCUAAAUGCUAUAAAUGAUAUGAAGUA